AUGGCACGGCUGAGAAACGUCGCCAAGACCUUGCGGCGGGGGGAUGUCUUCUAUCUGCAUGACAGCUCUGUGGAAUUGGAGCUUGAUGCUGCCAUCAGCAAGAAGAUAAAAGAUAUUUGGCAGCCCGCUGAGCGCCGCGACAUACUUCUCGCCCCCGGGACACCUGCUGGAGCCAUCUAG